AUGAUCGCUUACACCGCCUGGUACCAGAGGCGUCAGGCGUUCUCCAUAAUGCAUAAGGUCAACAAGGCCUUUGCGUUACCGAACCCUCCCUCAAUAGCCAAAAAGGCUGUCACAGGGUUCAAAGGAGUGUUCAUGCCACGUAACCAAGAACCUGUUCGGCCUUUGAAAUUCCAGGAAACCUUCCCGAAUCCCAGAGAUUCUUACCUUCCCAAAACAGUGAGACUUGGUUUUUUGGUAAGAUUGAUGGAAUACCUGAUUAUGUUAUCAGAGCAUGAGAUCGGCCGCAACGUAAUCCCGAACCUUUCAGAGGAAGAGAUAGAAUCGAAAAGCAAAGCCAAUGGACUCGCGAAGGCUCUUGUCUGCAUCCAGGCCUUAUGGUUCAUUGCACAAUGCUUGACGCGUCGUAUGUAG